CAUCAUAGGUACAAUCCAACUCAUUGCACAAUUCUUUCAACCCUCUAUAUAUACCCCAUCUCCACCUCUUCAACCCUCCACACACAAGCCCACCCUCUUUCAACAACAAUGGCUUCCUCCGUAACCCCCACCCCCUUAUUAAAAGACGAACUCGACAUCGUAAUCCCCACAAUCCGAAACCUCGAUUUCCUCGAGAUGUGGCGGCCAUUCUUCCAACCGUAUCAUCUGAUCAUCGUACAAGACGGCGAUCCUUCGAAGGUCAUUAAAGUUCCCGAAGGUUUCGAUUAUGAACUCUACAAUCGAAACGAUAUUAAUAGGAUUCUGGGUCCUAAAUCUUCUUGUAUCUCGUUUAAGGAUUCUGCUUGUCGGUGCUUUGGUUAUAUGGUGUCUAAGAAGAAGUAUAUCUUCACCAUUGAUGAUGAUUGCUUUGUUGCUAAAGAUCCAUCUGGGAACGAUAUCAAUGCACUUGAGCAACACAUCAAGAACCUAUUGUCUCCAUCAACACCAUUUUUCUUUAACACACUUUAUGACCCAUAUAGGGAGGGAGCCGAUUUUGUUCGUGGAUAUCCAUUUAGUCUUCGUGAGGGUGUCCCGACUGCUGUUUCUCAUGGGCUUUGGCUUAACAUCCCUGAUUAUGAUGCUCCCACUCAACUUGUCAAGCCUCGUGAGAGGAACACGAGGUUUGUUGAUGCGGUUUUAACCAUACCGAAGGGCACCCUCUUCCCCAUGUGUGGAAUGAAUCUUGCUUUUGACCGUGAGUUAAUCGGACCAGCAAUGUACUUUGGUCUCAUGGGCGAUGGUCAGCCAAUUGGGCGGUACGAUGACAUGUGGGCUGGCUGGUGCAUCAAGGUGAUCUGUGACCAUCUAGGAUUAGGCGUGAAGACGGGUUUGCCAUACAUCUGGCACAGCAAAGCGAGCAACCCGUUUGUGAACCUGAAAAAGGAAUACAAGGGUAUCUACUGGCAAGAGGAGCUAAUCCCGUUCUUCCAAGCCGCCACCCUGCCAAAAGAGUGCACCACGGUUCAGAGCUGCUACAAGGAGCUCUCCAAACAAGUCAAGGCUAAGCUCGGGAAAAUUGAUGACUACUUCAACAAGCUAGCUGACGCCAUGCUCACGUGGAUUGAAGCGUGGGACGAGCUCAACCCGUCUACGCAGCUUGCCAACGGGAAGUAGAGAUAAACAUAGUUUGAUUACUAUCGAUUUUCUUAUACUAUGAGACUCAUAUGUUUCUGUGAGCUCUUUUUUAAAGUAUUUUUGAUCAUUUCUGCAGUAUGAAUUUUUGGAUUACGAGGAUGAUAGCUUUGUUUAUCUUCUUUUUUCUUUUUAAUAUAUUGUAGUCUAUCUUAUUUAUUUUUGGAUA